AUAUAGAAAAGCUCAUGAGACCUUCUAGUUUCAUGCUUCUCUUUUACUGUUUAUGAGCUAAUACUCUCUCUCUCUCUCUCUCUCUCUCUCUCUCACACACACACAUCACCUACCCCUGAUAGAUCCAGACCCUACUUAUUGUAAUUCCAGGCCAGUUUUCCAUGUCCCAUUACUCCAUCCAAACCAUCCCUUCAUUCACAAGGAGAAGAAGAGCUUCAAGAAGGCUCAGGGAGGGUGUCAGAAAGGUCUGUUUGAGCUUAGAUUCAAGGACCCUUUUGGCAGAAAACAAGAACCUAGAAAGUGACAGAUCCAACCACCUCCCCUCCUUUUUUUUCUUUUUUUUUGAGGAUGGGGUUGGUUUGGGUAUGUUGGGUCGGGUCCUUUUGAGGUAGAGAUCUCUGUUUUUGAGAUCUGGGGAUUGGAGAAGGGCUGCUGGGAUUCAUUUCAAAGGUAUGAGAAAGAUUGAAUUUUGAUUGUAGUUUUAGUGGGAUUGGAAAUGGGUCGUGGUUCUUUUGUUGUCAUGAGAAUGGAAUUGAGAGAGUUGCACAGAUAGAGAGAGAAAGAUAGAAAUUUGAGUUGGUUUUUGGCCUUUUGUUCUAGUAUUAGGAAAUGGGUCUUGGGUUUUUAUUUUUGUUGUUGUUGUUGUUAUGAGGAUGAAUUGAGAGAAUUGCAGUUUUUUUGUUUGUUUUUGGGUCCGUUGUCAGGAGAUUUGAAAUGGGUGUUGUUGCUUUUGUUGGUUAUGAGAAGGAAAUUGGAAGAAAUGUGAUAAUUCUCUUUGUUUAUUUGUUGUGAUCUUUUCUGAUGAGAUGGGAAGUGGGUCUUGUUGUUUAUGUUAUUAUAAGAAAGAAAUGAGGGGGAAAAGACCAGAAUUUUGAUUUUGUUUCUCUUUUUCCUUGUGCUUGAUUUUUUUCUGAUUCCUUCCCAUGAGAUUUGCAAGGGUCUUUCUGUUUAUGUUGGUAUGAGAAAGAAUUUUAGAAGUAGUACUCCUUUUUUUUUCCCUUCUUCUUCUUCUUCUUCUUCUUCUUUUUUAUUUUAUUUAUUUAUUUAUUUUAAUAUUUAAAAUGUGGUCUCUUAUUUUGAGUUUCUUGGCGGCUCAAAUUCUGAUAUUUUGUAUUUUUUUUAUUGGAUCUUUUCUUGUGCAGAUUGGAAAUUGGUCUUCUUGUAUACAUUGAUAGGAUAAUGGAUUUGCGAAAUUCAACAUCAUAGUUAUAGCUUGUGAUUUUAUUUGUUCUCCUUGAUUCAUUUUUAAUGAAAUUGGAAAUGGGUCAGCUUAUUGAUUUUUGUAUUUUUGGAGUGUUGGAAUUUUCUUGUCAUGCUCUUGUUUUGAGUUUUCUGGCCACUUCUGUUCUACUGUUUUUGAGGUUUCUCUGUCAUUUUUCCUUUUCGCAUUUGAUGGAUACAGUAGCUGAUAUUGUGAACAUAGCCAUGAUAGGACGUGGUUUUUUCUUACUUGAGAGAAUUUAAACUUGCUGGAAUUACAAAUCUGUUGAGAUUGGGCUGGUUCAGAUAUUAAGGUGGUCAAGAGUUAGAAACUGUUGUCAUGGUAUUGCAAAAUGAUUAGAGAAAAUGACCUGAAGAGUAUGAAAUGUAGCUUAGUUUCAGAAGGGUCUAAGACCUUGAUUGCUAUCCAUUGAUGAUGCUGUCCUUCACGAUUUUAAAUUUCUUGCUUGCACUUAGUGUGCCAUUUUCUUGCAAUUUUUGUUUAUUAUUAGGCAUUUUUUUCUUGUAAUUUUUAACAUGAAUGUGCAUUGUCAGUUCUGCUUAGCUACCUACUAACUGAAAUUCAGGGAACAAUUCAACGCUUUUGUGGAAAUAUAUUGGAUUAUGGUGUGUCCUAACUUUUAGUGACAAGUGGGUUACUGCGGCUAUAUUAAGCCUUGUUUGUGGCGUUUACACUAUUUUUGAAUGAUUGAGUAAAUUUGUCAGUUCUCCAAAAACAAACAACCAAAAAAAAAAAAAAAAAGGGAGGAAGAAGAAGAAGAAGAAGAAGAAAUGGUUGUGUCCAUAUAAAGAUAACUAUUUUCUUCUAGCAAUGAAUUGUGCCUUUUUAGACUUUAAAUUCUUGCAAUACUUAAAACUAUGUUCUCCUCUACAUGCUUUGUGUUUUAGGCAUCUAGAUAUUGGAAAAAUGUCAAACGGAGGUUCUCUUAACGCCGAACUAUCCAAGAAGACAUCCAUUUUUGGUCUUAAGGUAUGGGUUCUAAUUGGGAUAGGAGUCGGGGUCUUCAUUGUAUUGAUCCUUUCCGUACUAGCGAUAUGCCUUACUGCUCGGAGGAAGAAAUCGAGGAGAGUGUCCGAGAAUCUACCCCAGACCCGAAUCCCACAAGUUUCAAAGGAAAUUAAAGAGGUAAGAGUGGAUCAAAUAUCAGCUAAUGAAUUUGUACCCCGGGAUGGGAUUCUCCUCACCAUUCACGACAAAUCCAGCGACAGAGAAUCGGAUAAGGUCAUGGUUCAUUUGGGCAUGGGAAAAAUGAAAAAUGGGGACAGCAGCCAUUCGGGUUCAUUUCAUCACGUGGAGAAAGAUGGUGAGUCUCAGUCGGGCGAAGAAGGGAGCUCAGGAACAGUUACUGUUUACAGAGCGUCGUCUUCGCAUCCGGUAACAGCUCCGUCGCCAUUGACAGGCCUGCCAGAAUUCUCUCACCUCGGUUGGGGCCAUUGGUUUACAUUGAGGGACCUUGAACUUGCAACCAAUCGCUUUUCAAAGGAAAAUGUCCUUGGGGAGGGCGGAUAUGGGGUUGUUUAUCGUGGCCAUCUGAUCAAUGGAACACCAGUAGCUGUGAAGAAGCUUCUCAAUAACCUAGGCCAGGCAGAGAAGGAAUUUAGAGUGGAAGUUGAAGCUAUCGGUCAUGUCCGCCACAAAAAUCUAGUUAGGCUUCUUGGAUACUGUGUGGAAGGCACCCACAGGAUGCUGGUUUAUGAGUAUGUCAACAAUGGAAACUUGGAGCAGUGGCUUCAUGGGGCCAUGCGUCAGCACGGAUUUCUUACUUGGGAAGCUCGUAUAAAGGUUCUCCUCGGCACCGCCAAGGCCCUUGCCUAUUUGCACGAGGCGAUUGAGCCAAAGGUGGUGCACCGUGAUAUCAAAUCCAGCAAUAUAUUGAUUGACGACGAUUUCAAUGCCAAGGUGUCUGAUUUUGGCCUAGCGAAGCUGCUGGGUGCUGGGAAAAGCCACAUCACAACUCGAGUAAUGGGGACCUUUGGAUACGUGGCACCAGAAUACGCAAAUACUGGCCUUUUGAAUGAAAAGAGUGACAUUUACAGUUUUGGAGUUGUCGUAUUAGAAGCAAUUACUGGCAGAGAUCCCGUAGAUUAUGGUCGCCCUGCACAAGAGGUAAAUCUCGUUGACUGGCUCAAAAUGAUGGUCGGCAGUAGACGCUCGGAAGAAGUUGUUGAUCCAAACAUCGAGACAAGGCCAUCGACGAGAGCCCUUAAACGGGCCCUUUUGACUGCCUUGAGGUGUGUCGAUCCAGAUUCAGACAAGAGGCCGAAGAUGAGCCAAGUUGUCCGCAUGCUGGAGUCAGAGGAAUAUCCCAUACCUCGUGAGGACCGGAGGCACCGACGGAAUCAGGGUGGCAGUGCAGAGAUUGAAUCCCAGAGGGAGAACUCCGACACGGACAAGAGCGACAAUCUGGACUCGAGGUCAGAGAGCAGAAGGGAGAGAAGGUCAUUGAACAAGUGAGACGUUUUGAAGCGUAGGAAGACUACUACAUAAAAAGGGCUUUUGUUUUUACAUUCUUUCAACCUCUUUGCUUUACUUGGGUCUGUUGUUGGCGCCACAAGAGUGACUUGGGCUUGAAUAUCCAGAACAAGGGGCAUGGUGGGAAUAUCUUUCUUUAUUUUUAUUUUUAUUUUUAUUUUCUGGAGAGGUGGUGGGAUAGAUGUGGAAGAGGAGAUUGAUUUUUUGAACUGAAAUUGUGUUGAUGACGUACCCGAAACAUAUAUGUAUUGUGUACAGGUUUGUAGUUCUUUGCUGAUUGAAAUACUUGGCUGUGGAAA